CAUUGAGAAUCAGAGCAGCAGCGCCGGACUCUUAUUCUGCCGCGUGUCCGUGCAGCGGAAGCGGCGCGCUGACCGUGUUUCUCCUGUGUGAGGAUGGCGGAUUUAGAUCACGAACAGCUAGAUUUUCUGCGCGAGCGGCACGUGCAUUUCUUCCAGCGCUGCCUGCACGUGCUGCCCGAGAGAUACGCUCCGUACGAGACCAGAAGAUUGACUAUCGUGUUCUUCGCUCUGUCGGGUCUCGAUGUUCUUGAUGCCCUGGAUGUCGUGGACAAGCCCGGUUUAAUUGAGUGGAUUUAUUCCCUGCAGGUUCUUCCCACCGACGACAAGUCCAAUCUCAGUCGCUGUGGCUUCCGUGGCUCCUCUCAUAUCGGUGUUCCCUACAACAGCUCGAAGGGCCCCGGGGCUCCUCACACGUAUGACAGCGGUCACGUGGCCAUGACCUACACGGGCCUGGCGUGUCUGAUCAUUCUGGGAGACGAUCUGAGCCGUGUGUGUCGAGAGGCGUGUCUGGCCGGACUGAGAGCGCUGCAGCUGGAGGACGGCAGCUUCGGCUCUCGCUCCGGUCUCCCGUCGCUGCAGUGUUUCAGUCUCUCACUGUGCCGCUGUUUCUCUUCCUGCAGUUUCCACGCUGUUCCUGAAGGAAGUGAGAACGACAUGAGGUUUGUGUAUUGCGCCGCCUGCAUCUGCUACAUGCUGGACGACUGGUCAGGAAUGGACCGCCAGAGAGCCAUCGAUUACAUCCGGAGGAGCACCUCGUAUGACAGCGGGAUCGGUCAGGGAGCCGGACUCGAGUCUCACGGUGGAUCCACCUUCUGUGCCGUGGCGUCUCUGUGCAUGAUGGGAAAGCUGCAUGAGGUGUUCAGCGAGCGAGAGCUGAAGCGGAUCCGGUGCUGGUGCAUCCUCAGACAACAGAACGGCUUCCACGGCCGACCCAACAAACCCGUGGACACCUGCUACUCCUUCUGGGUGGGAGCCACGCUGGAGCUCUUAGACGUGUUCCAGUACACCAACCGCGAGAAGAACCGGAACUACAUUCUGUCCACGCAGGACCGGUUGGUGGGCGGUUUCGCUAAAUGGCCCGACAGUCAUCCAGACCCUCUCCACACGUACUUCGCUAUCUGUGGCCUGUCUCUGAUCGGAGAAGCGGACCUGCAGAAGGUGCACCCGGCUCUGAACAUCAGCGUGCGGGCGUUCGAGAGUCUGCGGCAGCUGCAGGGGGCGUGGAGGCAGAAGACCACGUGACCACAGACUGAUUCCACAGCAAUAGAGCCAACGUGAGCGCUCGGAUACGCACUGAUGAAUAAAUGAUCGCAUCCAGCAUAAUCAAUUAUUAAAGGUAAAGCUGUCGCUCUUUAGUCGUAGGCCACAAGUUCGUUUCGUCCCCGGCUCGUCUGCCAGAUUCAUCCUUCCUCUUCAAGCAUUUCAUUAUUAGUUUCUGCCUUACAGACAGAUGAGCUGUUCCUGGAGUGAUAUGCACUGUUUAUCCGCUUCUUACUCUUUCUGUGAAAUCUUCGUCCUCUCUUGAAUGUGCCUCAGAUGUCUUGAGGAUGUUAGUGUAUGCUGUAUAUACACAUGGCAUCUCCACAUGAAUGUGUUUCAAGGAUCAAAUAAUUAAAUUAUUUUUUCUAUCCUGUAAUAUCUAGGAGUGACAGUCACGCUGCUCAUAUUUUAUUAUGAUGUAAAGUUAAAGUGCUGAACUGACAGACUGCGAUGUCAAUAAAUGACGAGCUUUUAUCACGUCUGAGGAAUUUAUGACGGUGCUGGUGAGAAACAAGUGUUUAAUAACAAGUUUUCAACGUGUCGGAGAUUUCUUCAAGAGAUUUAGCCAUUAUUCACCUCAGGACAAAAAACCCUCUGUCAAAUAUUACAUUAUAUACUGUAUACAUAUUUUAAUGACAUAUUGAGGAAUAAUGUGCAUUAAGGGUUGCGUGCAUAUUAAUGGCAAUGUGUAUGUGAGCAAAGAUCACCUUGUUAAAUCAUUAACUAAGAAAUGUAUGAACUAUGACAAUAACUGUACAAUAACACAUGUACACGCACGCACACACACACACUUUCUCUCUCACGCACACACACACACGUUCUCUCACACAUACGUACACGCACGCACAAACACACACACACACACACACACACACACAAGGCCUUGUUUGUACUGUUUCUUUUGACUCUUGAAUUACAAAAUGUAAGUGAAGAUAUUGGUGUACACCGAAGUCUUCAUUACGAUUAUUAUUUCAUUAUACAUAGCCACUGAAUGGAAAUGUCUGAAUAAAACUCUUUCUUAUUCUUUUGAGAAAUAUUUUGCCUGUCUGGAUCUACUAGAAUAAGGGAGAUGUUCCAGAGAUUCUUCUUCACUUUGGCUAUUUUGACUGUGUUGUCAUGCAUAAGAAACACAGAAGCAUUUACAGGACAAUGAUGCAGAAUUAUGGGUCAGAGAUUGUUAGGAUUUAAUGUCAAACCUAUAAAACAUCAAAUGUCUGUAAAGAUCUGGCCGCUGUGCUGCAUGUCACGCUCCAGAGGGAGGACAAAACACUGAUGGGUAGAAAAAGGCAAAGGGGGAUCAUCGGUCAAAUACAGCCUUUGCUGGGUAACAUGGUCUUGGACUGUGGUACAGUAUUUAUUCAUUAAUAUUUCAUCAUGUCUACACAAACACAAAGCAGGGCUGAUUUUGUCCUUCAUCUGCUCUCAUAAGUAUUUCGACAUGAUUCUGUCUUUACACUAACACACACGUGCUCAAAUGACCUUUAGCUUCAGGUUAUCUGUUUAUCUGUGAGCUGAUGAAAGUUUGAUCAGACGCAGAUCUACACAAAGAGCUGUCAGUCCCGCGAGGCCACGCCCACCGAGCGGCCGAAUGGGCGGAGUCUCGCGUCUUCAAGAUCGUCGUCGGGUUGAAUGAAAUGUCCCUCUAAAUCCGCGAGCGGUUCGUGACAGAAGCUGUUCCCGCGCGGAUGAUGCCGGCACGAGGAGA